AUGGACCAGUUUCAGAAGUUCACAAAGCUGUCCGAGGACGGGUCGUGGCAGCGCAUUCCGAGUUACAACAACUGUGUGGACAGCAUGCCAGCUCACAGCAAAUCAGGCUACCACCCAAGGAAGCAGAAGGAGGCCUGCUUGUUCGUCCGGAACGUGGCCGCCGAAGGUCGUGGGUUCGAAUUUGCCAUGUUUUACAACGGGGCGGAGAGACGGAUGGUGGUUCUGCUCCAGCCGGGAUCGUAUUUGGAAGGGAUGAUCGGGUUCGUGCACGGCGGGGCCGUGGCGGCCAUCCUCGAUCACACCUUUGCGGGUUGCGGCAUCUACGCCUUCGGCAUCGUGGUGACCGCCAGCCUCUCUGUGAACUUUAAGAGCCCCAUCCCGCUGGGCUCUGUAGUCCUCGUGGAAACCAAGGUGGAGAAAGUAGAAGAGAAGAAGAUUUUCCUGUCUGGGCUUGUGCGGAGCACCGACGCGCAAACCCUCCACGCAGAAGCCACAGCUCUCUUGAUCCACCUGGACGCCAAGGCCUCUUCCCAUCCAGUGACGAGCUCCAGCUGA